UAAUUUUUGCCUUAAUGCAGUUGCAGCAGCAGUUUGCGAUCCAUUUCUACAGAUUCUACCUGUUUUGGGAGGUUUUCCACCUGGAAGAAGAAACCAAACAUGACAGUUCACUGCUGGUGAGUUUACAGACAAACAUGGAAUCAACAGCAAACUGGACCAAGCAUUUCUCACCAGCUACUCCCAGUCCACUACCGGCUGGACCAAAUGUACCAGGCCUGAAACUCCCAGGUCCAACUCCACCUGGUCCAACUCCACCAGGUCCAACUCCACCUGGUCCAACUCCACCUGGUCCGACUCCACCUGGUCCGACUCCACCUGGUCCGACUCCACCUGGUCCGACCCCACCUGGUCUAACACCUCCUGGUGCUAUGCCUCCAGGUCCUAAUGCCCCGGGUCCUUGUCCACCAUAUCCUCCUAAGAAAAUGUGAUCAGAGUCAAUAAAACCAAGCAGAAAAUGAGCUGUCAUCUACCUCCACCGAGACCAGCACCAAGACCCGUUCCAC